AUGGUAGAUGGCUGGUUCCGUGAGAUCUCCAACAUGUGGCCCGGCCAGGCCAUGACCCUCAAGGUCAAGAAGGUCGUCCACCACGAGAAGAGCCAGUACCAGGAUGUCCUCAUCUUCGAGUCCACCGACUACGGCAUGGUCUUGGUCCUGGACAAUGUCAUCCAGGCCACCGAGCGCGAUGAGUUCUCCUACCAGGAGAUGAUCACCCACCUCGCCAUGAACUCUCACCCCAACCCCAAGAAGGUUCUCGUCAUCGGCGGCGGUGACGGCGGCGUCCUCCGCGAGGUCGUCAAGCACGAGUGCGUCGAGGAGGCCAUCCUUUGCGACAUUGACGAGGCCGUCAUCCGCCUCUCCAAGCAGUUCCUCCCCAACAUGGCCGUUGGCUUCGACCACCCCAAGUCCAAGACCCACGUCGGCGACGGCUUCAAGUUCCUCGAGGAGUACAAGAACACCUUCGACGUCAUCAUCACCGACUCCUCCGACCCCGAGGGUCCCGCCGAGUCCCUGUUCCAGAAGCCCUACUUCCAGCUCCUCCACGACGCUCUCCGCGAGGGCGGUGUCAUCACUACCCAAGGUUCCGAGAACCAGUGGCUUCACAUGCCCCUUAUCUCCAAGCUCAAGAAGGACUGCAAGGAGAUCUUCCCUGUCGCCGAGUACGCCUACACCACCAUCCCCACGUACCCCAGCGGCCAGAUCGGCUUCAUGGUCUGCACCAAGGACGCCAACCGUAACGUCAAGGAGCCCCUCCGCAAGUGGUCCGCCGAGGAGGAGGAGAAGCUGUGCAAGUACUACAACUCGGAGAUCCACAAGGCCUCCUUCAUCUUGCCCAACUUUGCCAAGAAGGCUCUCGAGUAA